AUGGUGGAGGAGUGUUAUGGCACAGGCAUGUAUGUGCGGCUGUUAGUGGCACGGGGGACCGCCUGUCCUUCAUCUCAGGACUUCACACCUCUCAGCUCCCAGCCAUCACACCCACCCCAGGCUUCUGUGGACUCCAACAUACACACCCCUCCCCCAAAAUCCACUCUUUCUAUCUCAGCACUUCAAGUGAGGAAUGAGCUUCGCAAGAUCAAGGUGCAGAAGGCUGCAGGUCCAGAUGGCGUCAGCUCCAGGCUCCUGAGAUGCUGUGCAGAUGAACUGUGUGGCAUCCUAGGAUAUCUGUUCAACCUGAGCCUGUCACUGGGGAAAGUACCACAGCUGUGGAAGACCUCCUGUGGUACCGCUACCAAAGACCUCCCGUCCCAAGGACCUCAGCAGCUACAGGCCGGUAGCCCUGACAUCGCAUCUGAUGAAGACCCUCGAGAGUUUGCUUACCAGCCUGGCAUCGGGGUGGAGGACGCCAUCAUCUACCUCCUGCACCGAGCUCUGACUCACCUGGAGAAGCCUGGAAGCUCUGUGAGGAUCAUGUUCUUUGAUUUCUCCAGUGCUUUCAACACCAUCCAGCCACGACUUCUGAGAGACAGGCUGGAGCUAUUGGGAGUGGACCACCACAUGUCCCAGUGGAUACUGGACUACCUCACAGGACGUCCACAAGUACCGAAGAAAGAGCCCAUACAUCUCUAUGACAACCGUGUGCCCACCCCUGAAGCCACCCAUUCUGCCAUCCCAAACCAAUCCCACCAUCAAGAACAGCGUCCCACAGGGAGCAAGGCUUUGCAAGCCAUAGACCCAGAUGAACGGAUGCCCCCCAGAUCCAGCACCUCUGGACAGGGUGCAGGAAACAGGGAUGAUCUCACACCAUUGCACACGGCAGCUGACGGAGGUCACUAUGAAUGCGUUAGACUUCUGCUGGAUUCUGGCUGUAAUGUCAAUGCACAAACUAAUAGAAAAAUGAAUGCUCUCCAUUAUGUGGCACAGCAUGGUCAUGACAGAGAGGCCAGCUUGCUGCUGAAGGCAGGAAUCAAUGUAGAUGCUAUAAACAAUCAACACUGCACACCACUCCACCUGGCUGUUUUCAACAAUCACACAAAAGUUGUACGAUUGCUUAUCGAUGCUGGCAGCAACCUGAAUGCCACUGACAUUAGGCAGCAGACCGCACUACACAUUGCCUCAGAACAUGGCUGGCAUGACCUGGCUGAGAUGAUGCUGAUUUCUAGAGUUAGUCUCAGUCUAACUGAUAAGCAGGGAAAAACAUGUCUGGAAGUGGCAGCAAGAGGAAACCAUGUCGUCCUGGUGGACAUGAUAAUUAAAGCUGACCGUUUUUCUAAAUGGGAGAAGGAUCACGGGGGAUGUGAGCAGGUAAGAAGACCUCUGAGCUUCAAACAGGACCAUCAGCCAGAGACACAGCACUUCCGUUCUGUCUUAUGGACCCUCGCCACAAAGCAUCUGUGUUAUGGGGAGUGGAAGAUUCUCGCUCAGCAUUGGGACUUUAGUGAAGCACAUAUACAAGCUAUAGAACAACAGUGGACAGGUAAGAAAAGCUUCAAAGAUCAUGGUCACCGGAUGCUGUUAAUCUGGCUUCAUGGAGUGCUCGUAGCUGGAGAAAACCCUACCAAAGGCCUCUAUGAGGGGUUGGUGGAAAUCUCCCGGACAGAUUUGGCAGAGUUCAUCCGACAGAAGGCAAACUCCCAGACCAGCUCUCCUAAAAUGUGCUGCGUAAUGUGACGGCAACAAGUUUAUGCUUAUCAUCGAGCUAUUGUGUUAGCUUUGUUAAAACUUUCUUUAUUUAAAGAAAUAAAAAUGUUAUUUUCUAUAAAUAAAAUUACAUGAUUUGAAUUGUGAGUCACAUAAUGGUUUACAUUUUUUAAUGAAAGAUAGGUGUGUAGCAGCCAGGGGAAAGUUGCUCUCUAUUUAUUUCUUUUUUUUUUGCCGUGCAAUUUUGUCAGGUUUUCUCUACUGCAGCACUUGAACUGUGUUUACCUAGAAGGGCUGUAACAACAGCCUUGCACUGCUGCAGAUUUCCAUGUGCUGCAUCCCAUGCCAGUUAUCCACACACAAAGAAAGGACAAGACAAGCUGCCCCUAACCUACCCAAAAUGCCCCACGCCUGCUGCUUAGGUGUGGGAUUUUGCUUCCCCCAAAGGUCCUUGAGGUUCCUGAGAUUCCCUAAAGCGCAGAUCGUACCUCCCAACAUGGGCCAGCUCGCUC